CCAUUACUGCGAAGACAGAGAAAGUUCCUGUAACUACUGUAGAAGAUGUGGAUGGUUCUGGAUUAACAAAUACUGACCAGUUUAUAUCAACGGUUACAGUUAUUGAUACAUCUUCAACUCUGUCUAGUUUUGACACAGGCACAGCAACAAUAUCUACCCAAGCAGCAUCAAGCUUUACCAACACAGAUGAAUAUAUUGCUGUUGAAAACAUGACAAAGUCUAGUGAAACUUCUGUCACUAAAGGAACGACCGGCUCCUCAGCUUUUCAUAUUCUAUCAUCAUCGACCCCAGAAUCAAGAAGAGCUGAAAAAACUGAUACUUCAAGAACAGCUGUUACCUCAGCUUCAACACUAUACAGUACAGAGAAACCAAAAUCUGUGUCCCCUGAAACCCACCAGACAUUUUCAACUUUGAAGCCUGACGAAAUCUCUGCAGAGCUGGAGGAAAGUUCAGCAUCUCCACUAACAAACCCAGCGACUACAAGUGAAACCCCAAUUGGAACCUCUAGAAUAAACAUUGCCUCUCCUACAGGGUCCCCACUGUUCAGCACAGAGAAAAAAACAAAUCUACCAGUGGUGGACGAAGAACUUAUUCAAACAGGUCAAACAAGUAGACCUUCAGUUUCUGCUAGAGCAGAGAGUUCUUCACAGUUCGAUGACAUGUCUGCAAGGCCACAGGAACGUUCAGCAUCUACAAUAAACAACCAAGAGAGUACAAGUAAAAACCUAAGUGGAAUAACUAGCAUACGCAUUGCGUCUGCUACACACUCAUCACUGUUUAGCACAGAGAGUACAACAAACCUACCAGUGACAGAUUAUGAAAAUGUUCUUUUUACCGCAGGAGAACCAACAAAACUUGAUAGUUAUAUAACACCCCCUCAUGAUAAAAAUAUUUCAAACCAGUUGACACAGUCAUUGGAUCCUGCUCCUUUCGUUUCUUCCACCAGGGAAGAGGUGACAGAUACCCAGUUAGAUGAUGAGGAUUCUAAUGAAGAAGAAAAUUCAGGUGAUGAAGCUUCUGGGGACACAGAUGACUUGAAAAUCCAACCAGUGCUUGUGCGAUCUUCUGUUGAAUUGUCUGGCCAUGCAUCAUUUACAACAAGCCCAUCCGAUGGAAAUUCUACAGAACUUACCACCAAAUCUCAAAACAUUUUUGUUAUGACAGAUGAAGCUGAAACAGCUGACACUGAGAGUGAAAUGCCUACAACGCAUACUGGUACACAUCCUGAAUUAUUGUCCCCAACCCAAGCUCCCCAUAUGACAAACAGAGAGACUUACUUUGCUGACCGUAGGAAUGGAGAUUAUUCUUCUAUUGAUGAAGAUAGUACAGGUGCCAUCACAUCAUUUGAACCAGUUGCAAGCUCUGUUAUGAAACCCAAAGCAACUUUCAAUACAAAACAUCCCAACAACACUGACAAAGAUGCUACAGGUUCAUUUGCAUUUACUCUCCCCCCCUCAAUCUUUGCUUUGGAGUUAAUGACAUCUUCCGCCACGGUGACUCAGAAGCCAAUUGACUUUUCUAUGACCAAUACUGUUAACUCAGAUUCUUUAAUGUCAGUGUCCAAUGACAAAGUUGCAGUUUUAGAAGAGCAAACAACACAAUCAUCUUAUAGUGUACAGUCUGCUAUAAGUGAUCACAUGACAGUUCACAAUAUUGCAAGCUCUAGCAGUGACACCAAGGUUGUGAUUGUUUCUCCAACUUACAACCAAGCAGAGAGAAAGCUUGAUGAACAAACAUCAAUAUUUUUGCAUCAAUCUGAACCAUCAGGCAGCACAUCCACGGAGAAUGUAAAAAAUGUUAAUGAUUCACUUUCUGUAGCUACAGGUAGUUUGAGCCAGGAAAUUCCCAGCCCAAAACUAUUUACAAAGGAUGAUAUAAUGAUUAAUGUUGAUACUAUCUCUAUAGUUCCCUCCCCUUCAUUAUACCCAACUAUCCGCACAGAGGAAGCAGGAGGUGACAUGGCAAUUACAAUGAUACACAAAGUUGAUUUAGGAGAAGAAAAGGUCAUAAAUUUAGAUCUCCCCCAACCAGACCAGUCCACUGAAAAUUUUUCUGAAUCAACAAUUCACCCCAUGUCUACAAGUCAGGUUGCAGGAUCAACCACUUUACAUCCUGUUAAUUAUUUAGGGAAUCAGGCUGGUUCUGGUUUGGAAAGUCAUUUUACAAUUCUGCCAAAGCUAUCUCUUGAUGCAACUGUUGAAAAAUCACUAUCUCCCCUUGACACCCUUGACAGUGUCUUUGAUUAUCCAACCCCGGACUAUGAUGAAGAAAACCCCAUCUUUCUCGAAUCCGAACCUCAGUAUAAUGAAACCCAACAGCCCAAAAAUAGUUUCAAAGCAUCUCCAAGUGAGCCUUCCCAAUCAGUAAUGGGCAUCACUGAAAGAGAAAACACGAUACCCUCGGUGGUGUCAGAAGCUCACAAAGCAGUGGCAACAUUUCCAGUUGAUGUUGUCUCAGUCUCUACCACUGAAGGCAGUCCUGUUAGCUUCAACGGUUCCAAGUUGAGCAUGAUAGAAAUUUCCAAAAAUGUUGAUAGGAAUAAGUCUGACGACAUUACGCCCGAGCUGCAACUAACCACAAAUAAUUUUUUGUCUGACUUGAGCACAGUUAAAGAAAAUGAAACCAAGCCAUCCAGCUCUGACAGUGUAUCAGUAGACCUCAAAAUCCCAAAGGCACCACAGACUUCCAGAUAUAAAGAGCAAACCUUGUUCCCAGAAGAAAUUCAGACUGUAUUUAAGGUUGACGCUACAACUACAGAUUAUCUUGAAAGCUCCUUAGGAGAAACUAUCAUUGGCAGCAGUAGAGUUGUUACUGAAUCUACCCCAAUAAUCCAUGAAGAAUUCACGACAACACAAGCCCACAAUCAGGCAGAGUUAUUUACAUCUUUAGCAACAGAUUCAUCAUCCUUCUCUGUAGAAGAUGGAAAACAGUACAGUGAAAUAUCAACAUCCCUAACAACGUCAUCACUUAAUGGAAGAGAAACAUCAAGACAAGGAGAGGAAACAACCACCUCUGCCCCAAUAAGACUUGAUUUGGGCCACACUGUUGUUGGGGAGACGGUGGAAAUUCCAGGGAUCUAUUCAUGUGAAGAGAAUGUUUGUCUAAAUGGAGGGUCUUGCUUCAAGAGAGGCAGCAUCUAUUCAUGUAGCUGUUCCUCUGGUUAUACUGGUCAUCAAUGUGAAACAGAAAUUGAUGAGUGCCAAUCCAAUCCAUGCCGUAACGGAGGCACAUGUGUCGACGGGCUGGCUUCCUUCACAUGUGUAUGUCUCCCAAGCUACUCUGGGCUUUACUGUGAGGAAGAUACUGAAACAUGUGACUAUGGUUGGCACAAGUUUCAGGGCCAUUGCUACAAGUUCUUCCCACAGAGGAAGAGCUGGGACUCUGCAGAGCGAGAGUGCCGCAUACAUGGAGCUCAUUUAACUAGCAUCCUUUCUCAUGAAGAGCAACAGUUUGUAAACCGUCUUGGACAUGACUACCAGUGGGUUGGCCUGAAUGAUAAGAUGUACCCCAAUGACUUCCGCUGGACUGAUGGCAGGCCCAUGCAAUAUGACAACUGGAGGCCGAACCAGCCUGACAGCUUCUUUUCAUCUGGAGAGGACUGUGUUGUGAUGAUUUGGCAUGAGGAUGGCCAGUGGAAUGAUGUCCCUUGCAACUAUCACCUAACAUUCACAUGCAAAAAAGGCACAGUGGCCUGCCGCCAGCCCCCUGUAGUUGAAAAUGCACAUACAUUUGGUAGAAAGCGUGAGAGGUAUGAAAUCAACUCCCUGGUGAGAUACCAGUGUCGAACAGGCUUCAUUCAGAGGCAUGUUCCUACCAUCCGCUGUCGUGGCGAUGGACGAUGGGAUGCACCUAAAAUUGCCUGUAUAUACCCAUCAAGCUAUCAGAGGUCCUUCAUGAGAAGACAUCAACCACAUGCUCUCUAUAGCAUCAACAAUUUCAAAAAACGGCAGGGUGAGACCUUGCACCAUAAUCAUCAGCACUACCGGGGAAGGAGAGACAGAUCAGUUCAUAAACGGAGAAAGCAAUGAUUUUCAUCUGUCCCAAAACGCCCUUGAUGGUUGCAAGAAAAAAGGACCAGAAAAAAAGGCAUAAAAAAACUCUUGAAAAAGCUCACAGAGAAAACCAAGAGGAUAACCUGGAAGUUUGUUGCAUUUUGGACAAUAUGCCUUAUUUUAAGAGAAACUCACAGAGAAGACAAUCUCUUUCAGCUGGCUUCUGGAAACGCAAUGAGUGCUUUUGUUUGAUAUUCAUUUAAGCAGAAGAUGUUGCUCUCUUCAUUAUUUGCUAAAUAUAUGAAACAUUCAUUGUUA